AUGAAUGUUACGCAUCGAACAAUAUGUGAUUCCCCAGCCCCGGAAUCAGCAAUUCGAUGCCACCUUCCGUUUUCAAAGGCAGAUUGCAUUGUUACUGCCAAUGGAAACAAGCUCCAAGUCUAUUCAACGAAGGAAGAUGAUUUAAGAUUAGUAUGGGAAAAGAAGUUUUGGGGUGAAAUUUUCGGUGUAUACAGGCAUAAAAGUGGUGGAGAAUACGAUUCAAUCAUUGUUGGCUGCGAUACAAGUAAAGUUAUUGUUCUACAGGUUAUAGAUAAUGAUUUGAAAGAAACAGAAUAUCACGAAUUUAACAGACCUGGCCCACCAGAGCCAGAUCCACCAAAACCAGAACGUCCUUUCGAUAUUAGUACAAGAUUACGCAAUAAAACAAUUAUGGAUGCCGACCCAACAGGUACAUGCCUUGCAUUACUUCUUGCUCAAAAUAUUCUUUACGUUUUACCUCUUGCCAACAAGAUUAAAAUCGAAAGUACCGAAAAAGCUGGUGAUGAAUACCAUUCCAGCUGGAAAGUAAUUAAAGAUGCGUUCGCGUAUGAUGUCCACACAGAUUUUAAAUCGCCGUUAUACAGAAUUCGAGAUAUGGUUUUCUUGGACGGAUAUAAAAAUCCAACUCUCGCUAUUAUUCACGAAUUAAUUCCUACAUGGAGUGUCAGAUUACCACUUCAGAAAUCAACUGUUGCGGUUUCAAUUGUUUCUCCUCCAUUAAAAAAAAAGGAAACUGUUUUAAUUUCAGCAUCAAUCGAUAAAGUUACAAUGUGGACAUCCCGUGCAUUACCACAUAACUCAUUUGGCUUAGUUCAUGUUCCAGAUCCAAUUGGAGGCUUCCUUGUUCUCUCAAAGAACGCAAUUAUUUACAUGGACCAUACAAACAUUGUUGCUUUAGCAUUAAACAAGCUCGCAUACUUAGAUGAUGAAGUUCCAGUCGAUAUUACAGCAAAUGGACCUGGUUGUCACGAAUUAUAUUCAAAAGUUGGUACAGCUAUCGAUAAAUCACAUAUUUUAUUGACCGUUGACCAACAUUAUUUGUCCAUUUUGACUUUACAUUACAAUGGUGUCAAAGUAACAAAUCUUUCUUUAAAUGUCAACUUAAAUCUUGAAUUUCAUCCAUCAUGCUUCCUUUCUCUUAACUACACGAACAACAGGAGCCUUGUUUUCAUGGGAUCUACAACUCAUGACUCAACUUUGUCCGAAAUAAUUUUAGAAAUUGAAGAAGAAGAACUUGCAAGCUUUUUGGUCGACCAUGUCAUGACAGAAACACAAAAUGAUCUCUACCAGAAGUUCUUUAAGUCAUUACCAAGGCCUAAAACCCUUUCAAAAGUCAAAUCAUUUUCUGUCAACAACAUUUCUUACAUCAGACAGCUUGGAACUGUUGCCAAUGCCACUCCUUGCCUCAAGCUGAGCCAGAUAGAUGAAAAUGAAGAACAGAUCGCGAUGGCUCUCGCAUGUGGCUUCAAAAAAUACGGUUGUUUGCAUUUCGUUCGUAGUGGUAUCGAUCCAAACCUUGUCAGUGAAUUUAAUAUCCGCGGAGUUACUGGAAUUUAUUCAUCAGAAAACUUCUCAUAUAUCUUGAUCUCAACAGAUGAAGGAACAUCCGUACUUUACGCCGAUAGCCAGAACCUUCCAGAGAUCAACGAUGAGUUUACGAGCCAAGUAAGUAAGGAAAAGACUCUUUUUGCAGGAGAUUUCAACAACUUCUUCAUCCAGAUCACUAAAACAGUCGUAAGAGCGAUCAAAUAUUCACAAGAAGAUGGUUUCUCCCACACUGACCUCUAUUCUGGCUCUUCUCCAGCUGUUUUGGAUGCAAGAAUUUCUUCAAAUGCCCUUGUUGUUCUAUUUGACAACUAUACAAUAUGCGCAUAUGACAGAGCGUUGGAACCAAUGACACCUCUCACUAACAAAUAUUUCAGCCGAAUCGCAAUUUUCGGUAAAUAUUUAUUUGUUUAUUGUACAAACGGCGUUUUGAGAAUGUUUUCCGUAGAAACGAUGACGGAAGUUGCCACAUUUGAUAAUUUCAAGGCAUUUCCUGAUUUCAUUGCUCCUCUCGGAAAAGAUGAGAUUCCAUUGCAGCCAUCUUCAAUUGGUAUCGUUGAUAUCUCGUUCGUUGUCUUCGAAUCAGUUGUCCUUCUUGUUCUUACACCUCGCGAUGGCCCUGCUUUCUUCUAUCAAUGGGUUGAAUCUAAAUUAUUCUUCAGAAGGAUCAAAAUGCACAGAUUCGCAGUUACUUCACGAAAGAAUAUUGAUAUCAUCCCAUUCAACGGCAUUUCGGAUGUUUUCGAUGGUUGUUUCGUCACAGAUCCAUCAAAUCCUUUCUUUAUCCUCUCGGAAAACGGUUACCCACGUAUCAUCCCACUCUCCGAGUCAUUCAACUGCAAACCACGUGCUUUUGCCCCUGUAAUGCGUGGUCCUUACAAGAAUCACUUUUUAAUUGCGGACGAAGACCAAAUCAGGCUCUGCAAUCUCGAGAAUAUUAAGCCAGAACACAAUUUCUUCAUCAUUGAUGGCUGUAUUGUCGAGAGAAUCCCUGUUGGAAUGACUGUAAGAAGAAUUGCCUACUGCCAGAACCCGAAUUGCGUCGCUUUCAUCGCUUCCCAUCCAGAACCAUUCACAACAGAGAACGAAAAGAAGAUCGAUGUCGAAGUUUAUGAGAAUCUUCAGGUUCAUUACCAAGAACCACCUUCUCCAGCCAAAGUUUACCCAGAUGAGGACUACGAAACAAUUCCUAAGUGGAAUGAAGAGCGAUACUCCCUGUUUCUCUAUACAAAAGAUGGUUUGCAACAAAUGGUCGAUUACGCAAACCACGAAAUCGUCAAUACAGUGCAAUUUGUACAUACUACUCCGAUGCCAGAGGAUGGAAUAACCCUCCUUAACACGUAUUUGGCCGUAGGAAGUGGAUUCUUGUCUCAACCGGAAAAAAUGAUGAGAGGAGUCCUUUAUAUUUACCAAAUCAGGUACAUGCAGAACGAUGAGGGAUUUAACGAGAUCACGUUAAGACCUUUGUACAACGAAACAAACAAAAUUUACAAAAAUCCGAUUAUCGAAAUCACGGAUAACUCAGGAUACAUGGCUAUUUUCUGCGGUAACCUUUUGUAUCUCAUGAGGUUCUUCAACGAAAACACCGUAAAGAUCGAAGCUUUCCUUGUUGGAAGAUUCUUUGCAUCAUCUAUCGUUUCCCUCAAGAAUUAUCUGCUCUACGCUGAUUCCUACGAAGGCUUUGAGGUCGCCAGAUGGCGUAAAUACGGAAAGAAGCUCAUUUCAAUGGCAAGAGAUACGAUGACUAAAUUACCUCUCAGUGCAGCAUUCCUACAAUACGAGGAUUGCUUGGGAGGUGUCGUAUUUGAUGAUGACGGCAACGCUCAUAUCUUUGACGUUGACGAAUACGCGAUUCCAGCAGAUGCAGUUGUCAGAAAGUCAAUUUUCUACAUUGGAGGCCGAGCAAUCAGUUCUGGUCAGUUCCCAAUCAAGGCUGUGACCCAGGCAACUCAGCAAAAUCCAAAUGAAGAAAUUGAUGAAGAAUUAUUGCAGCUGCAGACAAAGAUUGGAGGCCACAUCGCAUGGUAUGUUACUACACAUGGUAAGAUCGGUGCAUUCACUCCAAUUGAUGAAAACGAUCGACAUAAAUUGGUCGGAGUUCAAUCCGCAUACGAAAAAUCUCUUUGCGGACUGAGCCACUUAGAAUACAGGAGUGGAAAGUUCAAGAAUAUGAUUGAACAGGAUAUUUUCAACCAAUCUCCAAAGAAUGUCAUUGAUUGCGACAUGUUGAUUGAUUUGAUUGAAGAUAUGCCUGAUCACUUGAAGUUUGCAACAAAGGGAUUAAGAACACAGGACUUCUUAUCUGAAUUAAGAAAGAUUUACAAUAAUGGUGUCAAUGUAUUCCAAUAA